ACCUGUAUCCUCAUAUCCGGAAGUGUGUGCUAAUUUUCAACGUGACCAUACAUGAGCAGACAGAAGGGAAUGAUGUCUCUGUGUACCAAAAAAAGAAAGUUAGAUAAAAAUGUUCAGGAUAAUCUGUACUUCGACAGUUAUUCUGACGUUACAAUCCACGAGGAAAUGAUUGCAGACCAUGUACGGACAAACACGUAUAGGAUGGCCAUUCUGAGAAACAGCAGUGCAAUCGAAGGUAAAGUUGUAUUGGACGUUGGUGCAGGCACCGGUGUUCUUAGCAUUUUCUGCGCCCAAGCUGGGGCUAGAAAGGUGUAUGCUGUUGAAGCAAGUUCGAUUGCCGAUCAAGCUGUUAAAAUCGUAAAACUGAAUAAGAUGGAGGACAGGAUCGACAUCAUUAAAGGUACUCUGGAGACGAUCGAUCUGCCCGAGCAGGUGGAUGUGAUUGUUAGCGAGUGGAUGGGCUAUGCACUCCUUCACGAGUCCAUGCUGAAUUCUGUGCUUUUUGCUCGAGAUAAAUGGCUGAAAUCAGGCGGCCUUAUCCUCCCUAGCAAAGCAGAACUGUACAUCGCACCGAUGAAUGACCUUGUGGCCGACGACCGCCUGAACUUCUGGAGCACAGUCAAGAGUCAGUACGGCGUCGACAUGUCUUGCAUGACGGACUUUGCUAGGAAGUGCAUCAUAAACAAUGACAUUACAGUGAAUCCGGUGACCGUGGAGGACGUACUAUCACAUCAGUCUAAGUUCGCCGAGUUGGACUUGUACACGGUGACGGUGGAUCAGUUGAAAUCAGUUAGAGGCAGCUUUAGCUGCGACUGUUUCGGCUCGUCUACUGUGAACGCAUUCUGCGUGUGGUUCACGGUAACGUUCCCCGAUGGGGAAAAGCCAUUGGUCCUCUCCACGUCUCCAUUCAAACAGGAAACCCACUGGAAGCAAGCCGUUCUCUAUCUAGACGAGCCUGUGGAUGUUGAACAAGACACAAAGGUAGAGGGAGAGAUCAAUAUGUAUCCCUCUGCGGAGAGCUCCAGGCAUAUUUGCAUCCAUGUGGACUACUCAAUUGGACAGCUGAAAAUGCAGUCCAAGACCUUUUCCAUUCCUGAUGGAUAUUCAGACACACAGCCCUAGGCUAAUUGUAUUGUUUGCAAAUAUUCUCCAGGAGCAUCUGACUGCUUCCUAGGCCUGUUACUGAACAGAUUAUGCUUUUCCAUUUUUAAACGUACGGCAACAGCCGGAAGUGAAUAGGAAAUAAACGCAUCUUCUUUUGC